AUGCCUAGUUGUCUAGUUUGUGGAAGAACGAACAAUGCCAAAGCUAAAUCGGCUAAUAUAACUUUUCAUAGAUUUCCGCUUAAAGACACUUACAAGAAUAAAUGGUACAAUUUUUUGGGAGAAAAUGGCAUACUACCUGAUAAAGUAUCAAAGACAAGUUUAGUUUGUUCAGCACAUUUUGACGAUUCAUUUUUUGUAAUGGGAAAGGAUAGAAGACUGUUACUUAAACAUGCUAUUCCAACUAAAAUUAUCAACAGAAUAAAAUGUGCUAAACAACAAUACUCAGAAACUGUAACCAACUUGCCUGUAAUUAAAACUUUUUAUACUAGUUCUGCUAGCGAUUCAGUUGACAAUAUUGCUUCUUUAAAUGUUACCAGAACUUUAGUAAAGUGUCCUUUGAGCAAUAUAGAGGUAGACGGAGUAUCUUUGUUGGAACCAGUUCAAUCAAGUUCUAGUGAAGAAGAAGGAGUACUACCAUUAGACAAUUCUUCUGUAUCAAUGAUGAAUUGUGAAACAAUCACACCCAAUAAAAAUAUCUCGUAUGUACUUCACUCAUCCACAAUGUCCAUAGACACCGAGAUAGUUCCAGAUGACACUCCACGCAAAAUCGCAUUGAAAAAAAAUCUUCGCCAACUAUCACAUGAAGUCACUAUCAAAAAUAUUAAAAUGAAAACCCUUCAGCAAAAAAUAAGGCGCCAAAAUAAAAGAAUUUCAUCUAUGAAGAAUAUAAUUUCCGAGCUUCAAAAACAAAAUUUAAUUGACGAGGAAGCCAGUUAUACCCUGUCUGAAACUUUUGGUAAGCAUAAAGAUUUGAUAACCAAUUGGACAAAAAAAAAAUUAGGUAAAAAAGUUCCAAAGAAAUAUAGUGCCACCAUUCGUCAAUUUGCUUUAUCAUUACAUUUUUUUUCUGCUAAAGCAUAUUCGUAUGUAAGACAGCAGUUUGACACGAUUUUGCCUCAUAGUAGAACUCUUAGUAAAUGGUACAGAAAUGUCAAUGCUGAACCAGGUUUUACUGAAGAGUCGUUAAAGAUGCUAACUCUUAAAGUAAAUAAUUCACCCCAUCCUAUUUUAUUAGCUUUGUCUAUGGAUGAAAUGGCUAUAAGACAACACCUGGAAUUUGAUGGUACUAAGUAUUAUGGAAGGGUUGAUAUGGGAAAUUAUAUAGAUAAUGAUAGUUUAAACACAGCUAAACAAUGUUUAGUUUUUAUGGCAGUCUCGGUAAAUGAGAAUUGGAAGUUACCAAUUGGUUAUUUUGUAGUGGAUGCUUUAAAAAGUGCACAAAAAGUUGAACUAGUUCGCCACGCAUUAAAUGUAUUGGACAGCACUGGUGUAAAAGUCUUGAGCUUAACAUUUGAUGGUUGUUCUAGUAAUAUUAGUGCAGCUCAACUUUUAGGUUGUAAUUAUGUUUUGAGUGCAUUAGAUACAUCUUUUUCUUCUGGCUUUGAAAGUAAUCCAAAAAUUGUAACCCUUUUUGAUCCUGCACACAUGAUCAAAUUAGUUCGUAAUGCUUUUGGUGAAAAGAAGGUCUUUAAAGAUAGUGCAAAUAAUGAAAUAAAAUUUGAAUAUGUCCGGCAAUUGUGUUAUUUGCAAGAGAAGGAAGGAUGCCAUCUUGCUAAUAAACUGCGAAAACAGCAUCUUCUUUAUUUCAAACAAAAGAUGAAAGUAAAACUUGCAACCCAACUACUUAGUCAGUCAGUAGCAGAUGCAUUGACAUUUUGCAAAGAUAGCCUCAAACUAAAAGAGUUUUCUAAUGCAGGUGCUACCAUACAAUUUAUCGAACUCUUUAAUACUGGCUUUGACAUAUUAAACUCAAAAUCUAUCAACUGUGUAGGAUUUAAAAAAGCACUAUGUGAAGAAAACAUUCAAGAAGUUAGAUUGUUCACAGAAAAAAUGACAACAUAUAUUAAAGGUCUUAAAAUUCAAGAUAGACCAGGAGUUUUUACACCCGUACUUGAAUCACAACGAAAAACUGGGUUUCUUGGAUUUAUAGUCAGUUUAAAUAGUAUUUUACAGCUAUAUACUUUGUUUGUGGAAACUGAUGUCUUACAACAUAUAAAAAUUUAUAAAUUAAGCCAAGAUCACGUAGAACUGUUUUUUCGAACAAAUGAUAUACAAAGUUUUAAUACUGGUAAUUGUAUACCACUUGAAGAGAUAGAUAUUCUUCACUACUCCAGUUCAGAUCCAGUUACUGUUUUAAAUAACAAUUCUUCAGGUUGCAGUUUUGAUCCAAUUGAUGAAGAAAAUGAACAAGAUAUUUCUGCAUUUAUAAUGGACCAUGAUUAUAUUGGAAGUCACAGUUCAUACUCUUUUAGUAAUUUUUCAAAAGAAAUCAUUGUUUAUAUUUCAGGAUUUGUAGUUCAUAAAUUGACCAAUGUACUUAAAUGUGAUGUUUGCAAACAUGCAUUGUGUGCUGCCGAAAAAGAAUGUUUUCUAAAUUCGUUGAUAACAUUAAAAAAUAAGGGAGGCAUUCAUGGUGGACUUAUUUUUCCAAGCGAAGAUGUCAUAGAUGUUUGUUUCAUUACAGAAAACAUUUUGAGAAGAUAUGAUUAUACUUCUAAAGCUGUAAAUAAAUUACAAGUUCAAACCGAUGUCCUUAAACAUUUUGUAUUUAAUUCAAAUAUAUUUAAAUCAUUAAAAAAUCAUAGUACUGAAACCAGAAGUCCAUUAGCCGACCAUACAACUCUUUUAAUAAAAUCUAUAUCUUCUACUUAUAUAAAUAUAAAAAUAAAUUACAGUUUAAAAAAACACAAUGAACCCCUUCUGUUCGGAUGUGGUUUAAUAAACUUACUCUUUUUAAAGGACAAUAAUUUAGUUUUUGUUUAUUAUUAUUCUAUAGUCUCUCCGCCCAUUUAUUUAAUAACUUAUAACUUGUGUAUUGUGUAUAUAGUUUAA